AUGUCCUCUCUAAACUCAAAUACACUUCAAAUCAAGUAUAUACAUAAUUCUGUUGCAAUGGUGACGAGCUGUCCGUUGUCAGCUAGUCUUCAGGUCAUUGACCAACAAGUCCGAGAAUUGUGUAGUUUCACCAAAGAUCAACCAUUCACAAUAAAAUGGAUCGACGAAGAACACGAUCCUAUCGUUAUUUCCUCAGAAAUGGAAUUAAAAGAGGCGUUCCGACUUCACGAGUUGAAUAAAGAAUGGCAACUAACAGUUCAUGUAUUUAAUGGAGUUCCAAGUGAACCGGGUAAACCCUGUCCUGGCGAAGAUAUUAAUAUGUACCGAAGAGGUGCUAAACGAUGGAAAAAGAAAUUUUAUUUAUUGCAUGGUCAUCAGUUUGCUGCCAGACGAUUUAAUCGGAAUGCCGUAUGUGCUUACUGUAAGGAACGUAUAUGGGGUUUGGGACAACAAGGGUUUAAAUGUAUUAAUUGUCGUCUUCUACUUCAUCGUCGUUGUCAAGGUGGCGUGCGUCAUAAAUGUGGUGAAGCAUUCAUAAGACCGACCUAUCAAAAUAUGCGUUCAAUUUCUACAUUUUCCACCGGUUCCACUCCUAUUGUGUGGGAUAAUAAUGGAAACAGACCUACAACCAUAGCAACAGAUCUAUCUUCUGGGACAAGUAAUACAUUCCCAUCUCGUCUUCCUGUCACUAUUCAACCAUGCAAAGAUGAUUCAAAGCCACCAAAGCGAGAAAAAAUCAUUGGUUUAGGUGAAAAAGAAUCAAAUCAAAUAUCAGACAAACACUUUACGCCAACAUCCAAUACAAAAAAUAAUCUCAAAUCAGGUUCAGACAACUUAAUAAUUGAAACAAGUGGUGGUGUUCACCCUAGUAGUGUACCAGUUCCCGUUUCUAUCAUCACUGAUAAAGUUGAUGAUAAGUCCAUACCAAUCAUAGAACAGCGCAUUAUAGAUAUUCCUGAUAUUCCAAUCACUUCUGGACGGGUUGGUUUACAUGAUUUCAAUUUACUCAAAGUGAUUGGUCGUGGUAGUUAUGCUAAAGUAUUUCAAGUAGAGCAUAAACCAACUAAUCGUAUAUAUGCAAUGAAAGUUAUUAAAAAAGAAACUAUUCUGGAUGAAGAGGAUAUUGAUUGGGUUCAAACAGAAAAACAUUUGGUUUACACUCGUGUUUUCCAAACUAGAAGUCGGUUAUUCUUUGUCAUUGAAUUUGUUAAUGGUGGAGACCUAAUGUUUUAUAUGCAACGUAAUCUUCGUUUAGCAGAAGAUUAUGCACGAUUCUAUGCAGCUGAAAUUUGCAUUGCAUUAAAUUUUCUCCAUGAACGUGGUAUUAUUUACCGAGAUCUCAAGUUAGACAAUGUUUUGAUGGAUAGCGAAGGUCAUAUUAAACUGACUGAUUAUGGAAUGUGUAAAGAAGGAAUCAUCGGAGAUAUGACUACAACUACAUUUUGUGGUACACCGAAUUAUAUAGCUCCUGAAAUACUGAAAGGAGAAAGUUAUAGUGAGUUUCUUUUUAUAUGUGAAUAAAAUAAAGACAGUAAUCGAGAUAAAUUAGUAUGGAUUCAUUAAUUUUACAGAUAUCUGAGCUUCCUAUAACCUAAAAAUUUUAGUAAUUAUUUUAAAAAAAG